CAAGAGGCUGUGAGGCCUCGCUGGAGCUGAGCCCUCAAUCACCCCGCUCCUCGCCCGCCCCCAACACGGCGCCCGGGUCUGGCAGACGACGCUAGGGGAGGGAGGUCCCGGGGGGUUGACUCACCGAUCUGCCCGAUGAACUCGAUCUUGAUGCCCUGGUGCUCCAGUCGCUUGUUGGGGUUCUUGAGCGCAAGGCUCACCUUCCCGGAGACAGUCUCCCCGUCGUAGAAGAGGAAAUAUUUCUCCUUCUUCCCGUCCUCCGUCUUGUGCUCAGCCCGCUUCCUACUCUCUGCAUCGUUCAGAAGGAUUUCCACCUCCACGCUCUGCCCGAAGCCGAAGAAGCUCAUCUCACCGCUGGGCCGGGCUGGUCUCGAAACGUCUCGGAGCGCGCGCGCGGGAGCGAGCUUUAAAAGUUGAGCACGGCGGAGGCGAGCCGGUGUCUCAGUGAUCAUGCUGGCGCUGCGGGGCCUGGGGAGCAGCCUGCAACCCUGGUGCCCAUUGGAUAUCAGUCCCGAAUGGGUAGACACAGUGUGGGAACAGGAUUUCACAGAGACUGAGCCCAUAGAUCCCAGCAUAGAAGCAGAGAUCACAGAGACUGGACUGGAUGCAUUUACAAACCUCUAUCAAAGUGUCUUUCCCUUUGCUACAGAAGAACAUGGAUCUCUGGAGAGUAUCUGGACCUUCUUCAUUGAGAACAAUAUUUCCCACAGUACGCUGGUGGCAUUAUUCUAUCACUUUGUUCAAACAGUUCUUAAGAAAAAUGUCAGUGUGCAGUACCGAGAAUAUGGACUUCAUGCUGCUGGGCUUUACUUUUUGCUACUAGAAGUACCAGGUAGUAUAGCCAAUCAAAUAUUCCACCCAGUGAUGUUUGACAAAUGCGUUCAGACUCUAAAGAAGAGCUGGCCUCAGGAAUCUAACUUGAAUCAAAAGAGAAAGAAGGAACAGCCUAGGAGCUCUCAGGCUAAUCGAAGGGAAAAUAGAAAAAGAGGAAGACCCCUCAGGAAACAGGAUAUUGAGAUGGAUGAAAUUAUAGAAGAACAAGAAGAUGAAGAGAAUAUCUAUUUUUCUGCCCGGGAUCUUUCUCAAAUUCGAAAUGCCAUCUUUCACCUUUUAAAGAAUUUUUUAAGGCUUCUGCACAAGUUUUCCCUGAAAGAAAAGCCACAGUGUAUACAGAAUUGUGUAGAGGUCUUUGUAGCAUUAACUAAGUUUGAGCCAAUUCUUCAUGAAUUUAGUGUUACACAAGCCAGAGACCUUAACCAAGCAAAAUGCAUACCAGAACUAGCCUAUUGUGGAUUGUAUUUGCUGUGCUCCCCAAUUCAUGGAGAAGGAGAUAAGGUUAUCAGUUACAUUUUCCGCCAAAUGCUCAAUGUAAUAUUAAUGUUGGAAGUAGGCGAAGGAUCCCAUCGUGUCACCCUUACUAUGACUUCCCAAGUCAUCAACCGUAAAAACCAGGCAAUCCAGUUUAUCAGCUCACUUAUGGAUGAACUAAAGGAAAGUAUAUUUCCAGUCGUCCUUAUCUUACUGCAGCACAUCUGUGCCAAGGUGAUAGAUAAAUCAGAGUAUAGGACCUCUGCAGCCCAGUCUCUGGUCCAGCUGCUCAGUAAACUUCCUUGUGGGGAAUACACUACAUUCAUUGCCUGGCUUUACAAAUACUCACGAAGUUCCAAGAUCCCACACCGUGUUUUUACUCUUGAUGUUGCCUUAGCUCUGUUAGAACUGCCUGAAAGAGAGGUGGAUAACACUCUCUCCUUGGAGCAUCAGAAGUUCCUAAAGCAUAAGUUCUUGGUGCAAGAAAUUAUGUUUGACCGUUGUUUAGACAAAGCACCCACUGUCCGCAGCAAGGCACUGUCCAGCUUUGCACACUGUCUGGAGUUGUCUGUUACCAGUGCAUCAGAAAGUAUCCUGGAACUCCUGAUUAACAAUCCUGCAGUUUCAGGAACAGAGAGCCACUCUGGUACCUUACCGAGGACCUCAUCAGUUUUUUUAUAUCAGAGGCUGACAUCUAACCCUUCUGAACCCUCAAGUGAGCUCUUCAUAGGCAGCAGUGGUGAAACAGUUGGAACUGGUGGAAGAUGUAUUAUGGCAAUGCUGAGAAAGAGGAUCAGGGAUGAGAAGACCAAUGUGAGGAAGUCUGCACUCCAGGUGUUAGUGAGUAUUCUGAAACACUGUAACAUCUCGAAUAUGAAAGAAGACCUGUCGAUUCUGCAGGACCAGUGUCGGGACCCUGCAGUAUCUGUCCGGAAGCAGGCCCUUCAAUCUCUUACUGAACUCCUUAUGGCCCAACCCAAAUGUGUCCAGAUCCAGAAAGCCUGGUUGAGAGGGGUGGUCCCUGUGGUGAUGGACUGUGAGAGCACUGUGCAGGAGAAGGCUGUGGAAUGCCUUGACCAGCUCUUACUGCAGAACAUUGAGCAUUACAGUAAAUUUCAUGCUGAGGACAACAGCCAGGUGCUUGCUUGGGCACUUCUUGCUCUCCUUACCACAGAAUGUCAGGACCUGAGCUGCUAUUUAAAUAAAGCUUUUCGUAUCUGCUCCAAGAAAGAUAAAUUCUCAUCUACUUUUAUGAACAAUAUGAUCUCUUACACUGGCACAGAACAUUCUGCACCAGCCUGGAUGCUGCUCUCCAAGAUUGCGUGCUCAUCACCCAGGCUGGACUACACCAAAAUAAUAGAGUCCUGGGAGAAAAUCAGCAGUCAGCAGAAUCCUGAUCCAAACAUCUUAGGACAUAUUCUGUGUGUUAUUGGGCACAUUGCAAAGCAUAUUUCUAAGACCACCCGGGACAGAGUGAUUGAUGGUGUCAAGCAUAAGCUGAAUGGAUUUCAGUGGUCUCUAGAGUUGAUCAGUUCAGCUGUUGAUGCCUUGCAAAGGCUUUGUAGAGCGUCUGCAGAGACACCAGUGGAAGAACAGGAAUUACUGAAGCAGGUGUGUGGGGAUGUGCUCUCCUCCUGUGAACACCACCUUUCCAACAUCGUUCUGAAAGAGGAUGGCACAGGGAAUAUGGAUGAAGACCUGUUGGUGAAGUACAUUUUUACCUUAGGAGAUAUAGCCCAGUUGUGUCCAGCCAGAGUGGAGAAGCGAGUCUUCCUUAUGAUUCAGUCCAUCCUGGCUGCUUCUGCUGCUGCAGACCAUUUACCAUCCUUUCCAUGUGGCAGUGAUGCUCCAGCCUCUCAACCACCCUCCCAGGUCAGAGGCUCUGUCAUGCCUUCUGUGAUCAGAGCACACGCCAUCAUUACCUUAGGUAAGCUGUGCUUACAGCAUGAGGAUCUUGCAAAGAAGAGCAUCCCAGCCCUGGUGCAAGAGCUUGAGGUGUGUGAGGAUGUAGCUGUCCGAAACAACGUCAUCAUUGUGAUGUGUGAUCUUUGCAUUCGCUAUACCAUCAUGGUGGACAAGUACAUUCCCAACAUCUCCAUGUGUCUGAAGGAUUCAGAUCCGUUCAUCCGAAGGCAGACACUCAUCUUGCUUACCAAUCUCUUGCAGGAAGAAUUUGUGAAAUGGAAGGGCUCUCUGUUCUUUCGAUUUGUCAGCACUGUGAUAGAUUCACACCCAGACGUUGCCAGCCUCGGGGAAUUUUGCCUAACUCAUCUGCUGCUGAGGAGGAACCCUGCCAUGUUCCUUCAGCACUUCAUCGAGUGUAUUUUCCACUUCAAUAACUAUGAGAAGCAUGAGAAGUAUAACAGGUUCCCCCAGUCAGAGAGAGAGAAGCGGCUGUUUUCACUGAAGGGAAAGUCAAACAAAGAGAGACGAAUGAAAAUCUACAAAUUUCUUCUAGAGCACUUCACAGAUGAACAGCGAUUCAAUAUCACUUCCAAAAUUUGCCUUAGUAUUCUGGCAUCCUUCGCCGAUGGCAUCCUGCCCCUGGACCUGGAAGCCAGUGAGUUACUCUCAGAUACAUUUGAGGUCCUCAGCUCAAAGGAGAUCAAGCUUUUGGCAAUGAGGUCCAAGCCAGACAAGGACCUCCUUAUGGAAGAAGAUGAUGUGGUCUUGGCAAACGUAGUCAUGCAGGAAGCGCAGAAGAAGCUCAUCUCACAAGUCCAGAAGAGGAAUUUCAUAGAAAAUAUUAUCCCAAUUAUCGUCUCCCUGAAGACUGUGCUGGAGAAAAAUAAGCUCCCAGCUUUGCGGGAACUUAUGAACUAUCUCAGGGAGGUAAUGCAGGAUUACCGAGAUGAAGUCAAGGAGUUCUUUGCAGUUGAUAAACAGCUGGCAUCAGAACUUGAGUAUGACAUGAAAAGGUACAAUGAACAGCUGGCCCAGGAACAAGAACUGGCGAAACAUGCAGAUGGUAUCCAGGUGGCUGGAAGCGCCAAUGCUGCCCCAGCAGUGCAGGUUGUUCCAUGUUUAGAAAUCAUGGCAGUUCCUGCUGAUCAAGGAAAUCCCACCACAUCCCCUGCUGUAAACCUGCCCCCUAUACCCGGUCCAAGCACUGGCCUUGCACCAACUUUGUCUCCUGUACCCAAAACUGGGCCGUUGAAGAGGUUGAUGCCCGAAACCAGGCGCAUGUCCCUGAGCACCAUUGCAAUACUGAAUUCUGUCAAGAAAGCUGUGGAGUCGAAUAGCGGGCGUCAGACUCGGAGCUUGGGAGUGCUACCUUUCGCUUUAAAUUCUGGAAGUUCAGAAACAGUGGCCAAUCAGGCAUCUUCAUGCAGCUUGGAGCAAGAGUCUACUGAAGCUAUUGACCAUAUAGCUAAACGAGCGAUCAGUACCCCCAAGAAUACCAUCAGGGAUGUCACAUUUGGAGCGGGGCUCAGUUACAUAGGGUCACCACAGACUCCUUCAUCAGUCAAAGAAAAAGCUGAAGCCCAGAGCCUAGGAAAUGACAUCUUGUGUUUAUCUCCACCUGAUAAACUGCCCCCACAGCCUCAGCAGUGGAAUGUGAAGUCUCCAGUCAGGAACAAAGACACCCCAGCCCCCAGUAGGAGGUCCCUCCGAAAGACCCCCCUGAAAACAGCCAACUAGAACAGUGCAUCCCAAUGAAUAUACUGGAGGGCAACAGCCCUCCAAACAUUCUCAUUUCCUGCACAUGGAAGGCAGACAAAUCACUUCCCAUACACCUUAAGUGAUGCUUGAUGGGGAAGGCCAGCGCUCUUCCUCGGGAUCCCAGCUCUGUUAUUCACCUGUGUUUAGCUGCCUAACCUUUCAUAUUUCUCUUUAUGACAUCUGUGGUUAAAAAUUAAAAAAAAAAAAAAGAGAGAGAGAGAGAGAUGCCAGGUUUAGAUUUUCUUAUCCUAAACGUAAGCUAUUUAAUAUUAUAACUGUAUUCCAUUUGAAAUUGUCAGGCCUAUUUGGAUGAGCUAUAAUCUGGUGUUUCUGCUUUCUUUUAUAUGAAAUUAAGCCUCUGUUAACUUGUGUGAAUUCCUUACAGUACAUAUUUUCCCAAGUCUGGUGACAAAAUUUUGAUUGUAAUAUUUUUUCUAUUAUUUAUACUUGCAGAUUUUAAAAAAAUGUACAGCUUUCUAAAACAAAGGAAUAAAGAUUUAGCAUAAAUACAUUCUUCCAGUA